UUUUGUUGCGUACUCUACGAUUCAGGACGGUGAUUGUAGGAAGUUACACGAGUUUCGUGUGCCGCCAUAGAUGACACUAACAGUUCAAUUUACACUGUGAAAUAUGCGAUUUAAAAAAUUGUUAUAAUAAAGAUAUUAGACAAGUUCAGAUCCAGAAAAUACAUUAGGAUAUUUGUCCAAACUGUAAAUAUAAUGUAUGUAGAUAAAGUUUUACCUUUGAAUGCAAAAUAAAGUGCAGAGAGUUUGGAAGUAUGGAGAAUCGAAAAAUAAAGAGACGUGGUUAUUAUUCCGAAAUCAUUACAGGUACCGCGACACAUCCUGUGAGACCGGAAGUAGCUCUUUUGAAUGCUGCACCAAAGAGAGUGAAACUCCUAUGGCAAGUUUUAACUGAGCAUCAUAGUGCUCGCGUACAAGAAUUAAAGGACCAUGAAAAGUAUAAUUUUCUUGGUGAAGCGAAAAGAUGGAUCACCUUCCCGCAGGAUCGAUCUAUCGUAUUUCCUGCAGAAACAUUCGCCCCCAACGUGCAAAAGGAGCAGAAUGUAAAACCGAAAGAACUUCCGCGAAAUGUCGAGAUAGAAAGACUGCGUCGAAGUUAUAGAAACUUAAAGAUCGAGGAUGUCUUGGAAGAGGAUGGAAUUUCGCCGAAGGAAAUGCUUCCACCGGCGGUCGUUUUGUCAUUAUUAUCUCACGAGCAGAUAUAUGGUCUAUUUGCCACAGCGUCCAUUUUGCCGUUGGAGAUUUUCGACGACGAAGAAUACGAUUGUAGAACAACCGAGGACUGGAUAAGCCUCAGUAUUAUUGAUGGGGUUCGUUAUCCAUUACCAGCCGAAGUAUUCGUGCAAAAAUAUCGAGAAACGGAUGAGGUCGCUCGUAUCGAUGACGAAGCUUUAAAUCAUUUAUACAAAUGGUACGACGCGGCUGUUACCUAUUACGAUUACAAGCAUAAAUUAUGGUCGGUGUUGACACUGGAUGGACUGAAAAGGAAAUUUUUACUUCCGAGGAUUUAUAUUCGAUUUUACGCUGAAAAUCCAAGAGUGUUUGCCAAAAGGCUGGCAACAGCGAUCGAACAUAGGAAAAUUGCUGAUGCUUCUAUAAAAUACAACUUUUAUCUAGACUGUAUGCAAAUGGAUGGCAUGUUGACGCUAAAUGAAAAACAAAAGGAAGCUAUCGUUCGGUUAACUUUAAACGGGAUUCGGAUUAAAUUUCCGGAAACAAGAGUAUCAGCAUUGAUAAACGAGAUUUCUUUGGAUUACCAACGUACAAUGUGCGAUCUUAUGUGGAGGAAAAUGAUCCAGUGGAAUCCUGAGAUGUUUAAAUUCAUCGCAUGGACGCCUUCCGUAGAGGAAAUAAGGGUGCCGGAUAAGGGGAAGAUCGAUACCGGCAUGGAAAAUUUUAUGAAAGUUCAGAAAUUCAUCCACUGGGUGACAUUGUACGUUCAAGAGGAGGUGUAUCAAGCGAUGGCUUGCAUCGUGGCAAGAUGCAUUCAGUUAUCCACCAUGAAUCUCUUCGGCGUGAAUUAUGGGAAACUGAUUACGCUGUCGGAAUUUGAAGAGAUGCAUUCCCAAAGUACCGUGUCUGUCGUAAAAUACCUGAAGGAGCCAUGGCUGGAGAAGAUCGCACAAUCGGUGAGAAUGUGUCUGAGAGAUAUAGGAAAAGGUUGGUUCGACUUGAAACAGAAAGUUCCCGGAGUAUACGAUGUAAUGAAAUUAAAACGUUUCAUGAAUCUCACUACUCUCCGUAUGCAGUAUGCACUGCGAGUUCUGGUGGAAAAUUCAAUCACAUUAUACGGAAAUACCCUGGAGGGUCCAGCCUUGUGUCUCUUAGACGUUGAAGAAACAUUUGUUUGGGGAAACAACCUUGUUGACAGUCAAUUUAAAUCAGUCUAUAAUCCUAUCUUUACCGUCGAUCUACAAAUGGACGGCAACAAAGCGUAUUAUUCGGUUGAUCCUGAUCAAUUUGGGGAGACAAUUAUAACGCUGUACGACAAUGCACUUACUUUGUGCCAUCAGAUCAGACAAAUAAAUCCUUUUCUACUUCCGGCGCUAAAGUUUCCACCGGAUCUCUUCCUAAGCUCGGUUGGCCUGCUCGAGGGAUACGUGUGCCAAAUUCGUGAUCGCUUAAAAAUAGCUUAUCAAAAAUGUUCUAUGAUUCUGAAAGCGUACGUCAAGGAAUAUACAGCUUACUUGGAUUUUUAUAAUCUGAAGGUUGCAGAGUACAUUCAGAAAUUCAAGGAUGAAGAACACAACACAGCGGAGAUCAAGGAGGAAAUAACUUUUCAUAAAACAAUGAUUUCCAAUCUUGAUUUUACCUUGCCGAAAAGGAUCUCGAUUGGUCCUUUCAACGUAAACGUGCGACCCCUUAAGAAUUUUCUCAUGGGAAAACGCGAAGAGUGUGCAACCGGGUUGCUCGUCAUGUUUACAGAGAGACUACGGGCUGAAGUUGACAACAUCCUGGAGGAAUACACGCAAAUAAGAUAUAAAUUGAAGGAGGUGCCACAAAGCAUCGAGCAUAUAUUUGAAAUUCGCGACUGGAUGGAAACGAUACCUUUACGGGUUCAAGAUCUCCAGGAGAAGAUGGAAAUAUUAAAAUUGGACUUUGAUAUUCUCGACAGUUUCUACUGGAACCUAUCUGACGAAGAUUUCGAGGCUAAAUGGCUAGUUAUUGGUUCUCCGCUUCAGAUAGAGAAUGAGAUCGAUGAAACCAAUGAAAGAUUUGUCGAGGAACAGGACAAGUUCUACAAGAUCCAAAUUCAGGACGAGGUGUUGCUAUUGGAAAGAAUCGACACUCUCGUAGGAAAUGUGUCGAACAUUGGUCUUCAAACGGAUAUCAAUCGUGUACACGAGACUGCACUGGACGUGAAACGGGUUUGGAAGGGGAUGACAGAUUGUCGUGAAAUGGGUUUGCUGUUAAACGAACGACAGAAACUGUUCGGCAUGAAAGUUGUUCCUUUUGAGCAUUUGCACAAGCUUAUGAGGGAGUUUGAACCGUACAGAAGUUUAUGGGUCACUGCUUCAGACUGGCUGAGAUGGUACGAAGUAUGGAUGGAUAAUCCCCUUAUCAAUGUCGAUGGUAGUCAAAUAGAGUCUCAUGUCAUGGAUAUGUAUCGAGUGAUUACUCGAGGAGUUAGAACCUUUCAGGAAUUCCCGAAGGUACAGGCAAUAGCAACAACCAUAAGGGACCAAAUAGACGAGUUCAAGCCUUACAUUGGCCUGAUACAAGCUCUACGAAAUCCGGGAAUGAAGGACCGCCAUUUCGAUCAAUUGAGUGCCCAAACGGGAAUACAAAUGGCGUUAACACCUUCAAUGACGUUCAAAACCUUAUUAUUUCUUGGCAUUGAAGAAUUUGAGGAACUAGUAAAGACCGUAGCUGACACUGCGGCCAAAGAAUACGCUACUGAACGAACGCUGAACAAGAUGAUCAUCGAAUGGGAAACAAUUGUCAUGGAGAUACUUCCUUACAAGGCUACAGGAACAUACAUAAUGAAGGUUACCGAAGAAACCUUGAUGCUUUUAGACAACCAUAUUCUCAACGUGCAGCAACUUGCUUUCAGUCCCUUAAAAACCGUAUUUGAAGACGAAAUCAACGAGUGGGAGGAGAAGCUGAAAUUGACGCAAGAAGUGUUAAUCCUCUGGAUAGAGGUGCAAAGAGAUUGGAUGUACUUGGAGCCAAUAUUCACUUCGGAGGAUAUUACAGUCCAAUUACCUGUAGAGGCGAGAAGAUACAACGCCAUGGAAAGAAAUUGGAGACGAAUCAUGAAAAAUGCCAAAGAUAACCCUUACAUUAUCAAGAUAUGUCCCGACAGCAACCUCUUGGAAGGUCUACAAGAAUGUAAAAGUUUGCUAGAAAUGGUACAGAAAGGUCUGUCCGAUUACUUGGAAGUGAAAAGGAAAGUUUUCCCGCGAUUCUACUUCCUCAGCGACGAGGAACUGUUGGAAAUUUUAGCACAAGCUAAGAACGUUUACGCGGUACAACCCCAUCUGAGAAAGUGUUUCGAGAAUAUACAACAGGUGAAAUUCGAGAGUGAUCUAGAGAUCACGAGAAUGUAUUCAGCAGAGGGUGAAGAGGUAAUAUUUCGACCUUCGAUGUAUCCCGUGAGAAGCGUGGAAUAUUGGUUGGGUGAUUUGGAGAAUGUGAUGCGUAAUACCAUUAGAGAGAUCAUCCGCGAAGCUCUUCGUAUGAUCGAUUCGAUUUCAAGGAAAACAUGGGUUUAUAUGUGGCCGGGUCAAAUAACCCUCUGCUGUGGUCAAACCUACUGGACAGCACACGUCGAAAAUGGUAUCCUCCGUAAUAAUUUACGAGGUUAUUACGAGGAGUUGUUGGAACAUCUCGACGAUCUUCGCGACUUGGUGCGUGCUCCACAAACGGAUGUUCAGAGAUUGAUGCUAGAAGCUGUGAUCACCGUUGAGGUGCAUGCAAGGGAUGUUCUACAUAGAUUGAUCGAGGAAAAAGUUUCAAACGUUAAUGAUUUCGAUUGGAUAUCACAGCUGCGAUAUUAUUGGGUCGAUGAUAGCGAGCUGAAGGUACGAGCAGUGAACGCUGAAUUUUCUUACGGAUACGAAUAUCUGGGGAAUACUGGAAGAUUGGUUAUUACUCCGUUAACCGAUCGAUGUUAUCUGACUCUCACUGGAGCUUUACAUUUGAAAUUUGGCGGAGCACCAGCUGGCCCAGCGGGAACUGGGAAAACGGAAACAACCAAGGAUCUCGCGAAGGCGUUUGCUAUUCAGUGUGUCGUCUUCAAUUGCUCUGAUCAGCUUGAUUUCAUGUCCAUGGGGAAAUUCUUUAAGGGUCUUGCCAGCGCAGGUGCGUGGGCGUGCUUCGACGAGUUCAAUAGAAUCGACAUCGAAGUGCUGUCCGUCAUCGCUCAACAAAUUACGACGAUCCAACAAGCGCAACAGAUGCGCGUUGAAACAUUCGUUUUCGAAGGGGAUGAAAUCGUGUUAAAGCCAUCGUGUGCUGUUUUCAUCACCAUGAAUCCUGGUUAUGCUGGUCGCACGGAACUGCCAGAUAACUUGAAGGCUUUGUUCCGCCCGGUAGCUAUGAUGGUACCAGAUUAUGCGUUGAUCGCUGAAAUUUCAUUGUUUUCUUACGGCUUCACCGACGCGAAAACCUUGGCAGGGAAGAUCACGACCACCUUCAAGUUGAGCUCGGAACAAUUGAGCACACAGGAUCAUUACGACUUCGGAAUGCGUGCAGUGAAGACUGUAAUAGCAGUGGCAGGGAAUUUAAAAAGGGAACAGAAAGAUCUGAACGAACAACAGAUUUGCUUACGUGCACUCAGAGAUGUAAACGUUCCGAAAUUUUUGAAAGACGAUCUGACAUUAUUUAAUGGUAUCGUAUCGGACCUCUUCCCACUUUUGGAAGAGAAACAUGUGGAUUAUGGAAUCUUGGAAGCAGAAAUUCGAGCAUCGAUCAGGAAGAUGGGUAUGGAAGAAAUUGACGAGUUCGUGAAGAAAGUUAUCCAAUUGUACGAGACGACAGUGGUGCGACACGGAUUAAUGCUGGUAGGACCAACUGGGUCAGCAAAAACCAAGUGUUACGAAGUACUGCAACAGGCAUGCACUAAAUUAAAGGGUCAGCCACAACCCAGUGGUAAACCAUUUACACGGGUGCUCACACACGUUUUAAAUCCAAAAUCGAUUACGAUGGGUCAACUGUACGGUGAAUACGAUCUGAACACACGCGAAUGGACCGAUGGUAUAUUCUCAACAUUGCUCCGUGCUGGAAUAGCAACAGACGAUGAUAAUAAACGUUGGUAUAUAUUCGAUGGACCGGUCGAUGCUUUAUGGAUCGAGAAUAUGAAUACGGUAUUAGACGAUAAUAAAAAAUUAUGUCUGUCAUCCGGUGAAAUAAUGAAAAUCCUGCCCACAAUGACGAUGAUGUUCGAAGUGGCUGAUUUAAGAGUGGCUUCGCCAGCUACUGUUUCCAGGUGCGGCAUGGUGUAUUUAGAACCGGAAGGGCUUGGUCUCGAACCCCUUGUCAAUUGUUGGCUAAAAUCUUUACCCAAGAAUAUGACCGAUCACGUUGAUGGUAUAGCCGAGUUAACAGGACAUUAUUUAUUGCCUGGUUUGCAAGUUUUACGCAGCAGUUUACACGAAAUAGUAAGCACCGUCGAUUCCGGAAUGGUACAAUCUUACAUAAAUCUAAUGAACUUCCGUAUUGGACCCAUGGCUGGUCGAGAUGGAAGACCUCCACCUGCUGCACCCUUUCAACAAUUAAUCCCUACUUUGCUGUCACCUUGGGCUGCUUUCGCUGCAGUAUGGAGUCUCGGAGCGAGCAGUGAUUACAAUAGCCGUUGUAUAUUUAGCGAAUGGAUCAGACAGGUGCAAAAAGACAAACAACACUCCUUACCGUUUCCUAAAGAUGGUUUGGUGUUUGAUUACAGAUUGCACGACGGUGGUUUCACUGAUCCGAUCGAAAGCCACGAGCCAGUAGCACCGAAAUGGUACAAAUGGUUGGACGACAUCCCGUCGAUCACGAUUACACCGGAAAUGAAAUUUGCUGAUAUCGAAGUACCAACAAUGGACAGUGUCAGAAGCGCAACAUUGGUCGGUUAUUUAUUGAUCAAUAACUCAAACGCACUAUGCAUCGGUCCAACCGGAAGUGGGAAGACCCUCGCUAUAAGCACCAAAUUGUCCAGAAAUAUGCCGAAGAAAUUUAUUUGUGAUUUCAUUACUUUCUCAGCUAGGACCACUGCCAACCAAACUCAAGACUUGAUCGACGAGAAGCUAACGAAAAGACGCAAAGACGUGUACGGACCGCCAUUGUUGAGGAAGCAAGUCUUUUUCAUCGAUGAUUUGAACAUGCCUGCUCUUGACACAUAUGGUGCUCAGCCGCCUAUUGAACUGAUUCGUCAGUUUAUGGAUUUUGAAGGUUGGUACGAUCGGAAGGAGAUCGGAUCAUUCAGACGGAUUGAAGAUGUAAAUUUCGUUGGAGCGAUGGGACCACCCGGUGGCGGAAGAAAUCCAGUAACAGCCAGACUGCUGCGACAUUUUCAUUUCAUUGCAUUCCCGGAAAUGGAAGACGACGCCAAGAGACACAUCUUUGGUACAAUUUUGAAUUCCUGGUUAUCUAAAACGCUUUUCGCAAACAUGCUCGAUAUUUUUCUUGGAACGACGUUGAAUUUGUACACCACGAUUUGCAAGGAAUUAUUACCAACUCCGCACAAGUCCCAUUACACUUUCAAUUUACGUGAUCUCAGCAAGGUGUUCCAAGGGAUGCUGAUGAUGAAUCCGCAAAAAAUCGAGAUGCGUGAGAACCUGUUACGACUUUGGUAUCACGAAAAUGUAAGAGUCUUCAGCGAUCGGUUGAUCAACGAUACUGAUCGAACCUGGUUCGAUGAUCUUUUAAGAGAAACGAUGAGAAAGAAAUUCGAAAUCGAUCCUCAAAUGGUCGUUGGUGAAACAAUGUUAUUUUACAGUGAUUUUUGUGCGGCAAACAAAGAAUACGAGCAAAUAACCGAUAUGAAAAAGAUGGAUCAUAUGUUGAACGAGUUUUUGGAGGAUUACAAUGCUACAACAACAUCCCCUAUGAAAUUAGUUCUUUUUCAAGAUGCGAUUGAUCACAUAUGUAGGAUCAAUCGAAUAUUGCGACAACCUAGGGGGAAUGCUCUUCUUUUAGGAAUGGGAGGAUCAGGGAGACAGAGUUUAACACGUCUAGCCGCGCACAUACAAGAUUACAAUUGUUUUCAAAUCGAGCUCAGCGGCGCUUAUACCACCCAUGAUUGGCGCGAUGACAUCAAACAUUCGAUGAUGAAGGCUGGGGUGCAGGCUCAACUUAUGGUGUUUUUAUUUUCAGACACACAGAUCAAAGAUGACUCUAUGCUGGAGGAUUUAAACAGCGUUCUGAAUAACGGUGAUGUGCCAAACAUAUAUCAAAUGGACGAGAUGGAAAGGAUAUACCACUCGAUGCGUGGCCAGGUACAGGAAGCUGGUCUACAGAUCAAUAGAAGCAAUCUUUUCUCUGCCUAUGUGAAGACGGUUCGCAACAACCUGCAUGUUGUCAUUACGAUGAGCCCGAUUGGGGAAGUAUUUCGAGCUCGUAUCAGACAAUUCCCAGCACUGGUGAAUUGUUGUACAAUCGAUUGGUUUUGUCCAUGGCCAGCAGCUGCUCUGCAGAGUGUAGCGAUGCGGUUUCUUGCCGACAUCAAAGACGAAUCGAUCAACGCAGACAUCCUAAGGUCCAUCGUGAAAUUGUGUGAAUACAUGCAGUCCAGUGUGAUCGAAGCCAGUGAUCUAUAUUUAAAAGAAUUGAAUCGUCACAACUAUGUUACCCCUACGUCAUACCUGGAGCUACUUUCUAAUUACGGCAAUCUUCUGGGGAAAAAGAAAACCGAGUUAAAGUCAGCAGAGCAUCGUCUAUCCGCAGGUUUAGAUAAACUGGCGAGUGCGGAGGUAGAGGUGAAGAAGAUGCAAGAAUUAUUAGCCAGCAUGAAACCAAAAUUGGAGAGAGCGGCCGAGGCGACAGCCAAGAUGAUUGAAAGGAUUACGCAUGAUACCAUCGAAGCAGAAAAGACGAGGGCAGGGGCGAAAGAACAAGAAGCUAUAGCGGGAAAGCUGAAGAUACAAAACCAAAUGAUCAGAGACGAAGCGGAAGCUGAUUUAAGUGAAGCACGUCCAAUGUUGAUUGCCGCCGAGAAAAGCUUAAAGGCCCUCAAUAGAAACGACAUUACCGAGGUAAAAGCAAUGAAAAGACCACCGGUUGGUGUGCUUCUGGUUAUCGAAACCGUUUGCAUCAUAAAUAAUGUGAAACCAGUCAAGGUGGACACAGGUACAUAUGGUAAGGGAGCAGUAAAGCUAGAUUACUGGGGACCUGGUAGCCAAAUGCUCGCGGAUCCAGGUCACUUUUUGUACACGAUGGAAAAUUAUGAUAAAGAAAAUUUGACCGAGGAGAUGAUUAAUAAACUGAAAGUCUAUAUCGAGGACCCUAAUUUCCAGCCAUCAAAGAUCGAAUACGUUUCGAAAGCUUGUUACUCGCUGUGCCUGUGGGUGCACGCAAUGUACAACUACUAUUUCGUGAACCAGAAAGUUAAACCGAAGAUGGAAGCUUUGGCGAAGGCUGAGGAGGCGCUGGUGGAGACGGAAAGAACUCUGUUAGCUGCGAUACAAAGGCUGCAAGAAGUCGAAGCGGGUGUCGAAAAGUUACGAAACCUUUUGCGGGAAGAGGAAGAGAAGAAAGCGGAACUUGAGAGGCAAAAGCAGCUUUGCGAGGAUAGAAUGGGUAGAGCUGUGAGACUGAUCGACGGUUUGGCUGGUGAACAGAUACGCUGGAAGUCCACGGUGGUGGAAUUAAACACUUCUUUGCAUAACGCCAUUGGUGAUAUACUGUUGGCUUCCGGUGCAAUAGCCUAUUUGACACCUUUUACGGAUAAGUACCGUGACAGUCUCUUGACGUCUUGGCAAAAACUUCUGGAAGGUGUGCCUCACACACCGGGUAGCGAUCCUGUGUCGACCCUAGGGGAUCAGGUGGAAAUAAGAAGAUGGCAGAUCGAAGGAUUACCCAGAGAUAUGCUGUCCGUAGAGAAUGCAGUUCUAGCGAUGCAUUCGAACCGUUGGCCUCUUUUUAUCGACCCUCAAGCUCAGGCAAAUAAAUGGAUACGGUCUAUGUACAAGGAAAGCGGUAUAUCCGUUGCAAAAAUGUCGGACAAAGAUAUCCUUCGGGUGCUGGAAACGUGCGUACGAUUUGGAAGAGUAUGCCUGAUCGAAAACGUCGGUAUAGAAUUGGAAGCAGGCUUAGACCCUAUUCUCCUGCGAUCAUUGUUCGAACAUGGUGGUCAAUGGUGCGUUAAAAUCGGCGAAACCAUCGUUCCUUACAGUCCAGACUUUCGCCUUUUUCUCACUACCAGACUCUCGAACCCUCAUUACACCCCAGAUGUAUCCGUCAAGAUACUUCUGGUCAAUUUUGCUCUUACCACCACUGGUCUAGAGGAUCAAGUACUAUCCUUAGUAGUUAUUCAAGAACGACCUGAUCUUGAGCAAACGAGAAACGCUUUGAUCGUGUCGAACGCUGAAAUGAGAAGAGAGCUGAAGGAAAUAGAGGACAGGAUUUUGUACAGAUUAUCGGUGUCGGAAGGUUCUGCCGUCGACGACAUGGAUCUAAUUCUCACCCUGGAAGCGUCCAAAGUUAAAAGCGAAGAGAUCAAGAUUAAAAUGAAAGAGGCUGAAAUUACUCAAGCGGAUAUCGAAGUAACCAGGUCGAUGUACAUUCCCGUCGCUGUUCGUGGACAGCUAUUGUUCUUUUGUCUAUCCGAUUUACAACAUAUCGACACGAUGUAUCAAUACUCUCUGGAAUGGUUCGUGGACAUUUUCAAUCAUAGCAUAGCCGCAACAGCGAAGAGCAACGAUAUCCAGGAACGAGUCCAGAAUAUCAACCGGAAUUUCACGUUCUCGUUAUUCUCGAACGUAUGCCGUAGUUUGUUCGAGAGACACAAGUUACACUUUGCAUUCCUCGUCUGCGCCAGAAUACGGAUCCAUGGGAAUUUGAUCGAUCAUACCGAAUGGAGACACUUCCUGGCUGGCCCGGAACCUUACGAGGAGGGACCGAAUCCAUCGCCGGAUUGGAUCACACCGCGUUGCUGGAAGGAAAUUCAAGCCCUCGAAAAUCUAUCCAAGUUCAACGAGUUCGUGGAGUCCUUCAAACAUGCGAUGUCCCAGUUUAAAGCGGUGUUCGACGCUCAAGAGGCGCAUCUUGCUCCUUUUCCUGAACCAUGGCAAACGAAACUGGACGAUUUUCAAAAAAUGUUGGUAUUGAAGUGUCUUCGACCUGACAAAGUGACCAACGCGAUGCAAUCUUAUCUCGCUAAGCAUUUGGGUCGAGAAUUUGUUGAACCACAAACCACCGAAUUGUCUGCGGUUUACAGUGAAUCUUCACCUACAACCCCAAUUGUAUUUAUCUUGUCCACUGGUACAGAUCCUGCCGCUGAAUUGUACAAGUUUGCAGACAGAUUGAAAAUGGGCAACAAGUUACACCCUAUAUCGCUUGGUCAAGGACAAGGACCAAGAGCAGAAGCCAUGUUGAAAUUCGCUUCUGAACACGGUUACUGGUGCUUCUUUCAAAAUUGCCAUUUGGCUCCAAGUUGGAUGCCUGACAUGGAAUCAGUGGUGGAAGCACUGUCACGAGCAAAAAAUCAUCGUGACUUUCGUUUAUGGCUAACUUCUGCACCCUCGCCAGACUUUCCUGUCAGCAUUCUUCAAAACAGUACUAAAAUGACAAUCGAACCACCCCGAGGUAUAAAGGCAAACAUGUUUCGUGCGUACCUGACACAAGUAAUAGAAAUGACAGCAUUUUUGCAAUCGGAACAUCCAAAGGCUGCACAGUUCAAAUGGCUCGUUUUCUCUUUGUGUUUGUUUCAUUCGGUUCUCCUCGAACGAAGGAAAUUUGGUCCUUUAGGUUUCAAUAUUCCCUACGAGUUUACUGACGGUGAUUUGACGAUAUGUAUAUCGCAGCUGCACAUGUUCCUUUUGGAAUACGACACCGUACCCUUCAAAGUGCUCACAUACACAGCCGGUCACAUCAACUAUGGUGGUCGAAUAACGGACGACUGGGACCGUAGAUGUGUUUUGACGAUCCUACAAGACUUUUACCGACCCCAAAUCCUUUCUCCAACCUACGUAUUCGACGAAGAAAAACACUACUAUCAAUUAGUAGAAACGGCUACGUUCGACGAGUACAUCGAGUACAUAAAAACGUUCCCCUUGAACGACGAGCCGUCGAUGUUUGGAAUGCAUCCAAACGCGGACAUAAGCUUCGCGCAGGCGGAAACUUACACCUGCCUGGACACGCUUCUCGCUCUUCAGCCUCGUCAGAUCGGUGUUGCAGGCGCCAGUGCCGAAGAGGUCACGACACAAUUAGCUGAAGAUAUGCUUUCAGAGAUUCCGCAGAUCUUCGACCUAUUCACUUUGCAGACAAAAUAUCCCGUCUUAUACGAAGAGUCAUUUAAUACCGUAUUACUGCAAGAGGCUAUACGUUAUAAUGGUCUGUUACACGUAGUAAAAACAACGCUAAUGGAUCUCUUAAAAGCUUUAAAAGGGCUGGUCGUAAUGUCAGGACAGUUGGAAACUCUAUUUACUAGCCUAUACAAUAACAGAAUACCUCAAAUAUGGCAAGAUAAGGGUUACCCCUCUUUGAAACCCCUUGGUUCGUGGUUUCUGGACUUGAAGGAUCGAAUUGCAUUUUUAAAGUCCUGGGAAGAGGAUGGUAUACCCGCAGCCUUUUGGAUUUCUGGUUUCUAUUUCCCUCAAGCUUUCCUAACCGGUACUUUGCAGAAUUUCGCUCGAAAACACAUUGUUUCCAUCGAUACCAUCAACUUUAGCUUUAAGGUAUUACAAACAAGGCCAAUGCGCAGGCCGAACGAUGGUUGUGUUGUUUAUGGUUUAUUUCUCGAGGGAUGUCGAUGGGGAGGACACUACUUAGAUGAGUCUCUACCAAAGGAACUUUACACUAAUAUGCCUCCUAUCUUGUUGCUGCCUGAAGUGCAUCAUAAAGAACCUGAAGGAAUUUAUUCUUGUCCUGUAUACAAAACAACCAAUAGAGCAGGAACGCUAAGUACAACCGGCCAUUCGACUAAUUUUGUCCUGACAAUGGAAAUUCCUAGCCAUAAACCACAGGCUCAUUGGAUCAAACGAGGAGUGGCUUUGUUUUGUGCUCUGGAUUAUUAAAAAUAUUACUUAUAUCGCUUAUAAAUCUUAAUUUAAACAAUAUUAAUAUUAAAAAGUGAUUUAGGAACAAACUAAAAUAUAUAUUUGAUUAUUUGAUGUUAUAAAAUUUAGUAUAUAAUUCAGAAAUGCAAAUAAUAACAUAAAUAUCAAUUCAAAUUCACCUAUGCAUCCACAAGUGGUGGAGGAUGCUGAUAUGCAAGGGUUGCAUGGAUAUAAGGGAUACAGAGAUGUAAAGGAUGCAAGGAUGUAAGGAAUGAAGGGAUGUAAGGAUGCAGAGAUAUAAUAAGACAUCAAACAUAAUAAAGCAUAUUAUUUAUUCACUGCAUCACUUUUUAUUAUUCAUUAUUCACAUUUUAUUAUUAAGAACAUUAAACAUUAUUUUGAAUUUUUUUCAUAGAGUGCUGGAUUUUUCCUUCCUACUCUCUUGUAUUCUGCAUGAGACCAUGUGUAAAUCCCCAGGGUCAUCAAAAAUGCUAUGAAAGAAGAAAUGUUUUAUCAAACAGUAUAAUAAACUUUGAAAACUUUAUACAAAUUCGGUAUCUAUCACCGAGAUUUUAUAAUUAAUUUAUAUUACCAGGAGCCAUAGUUGUGGAAAGGUAUAGUGACCGUUUAAAGAAUUCCGGCAAGCUGUGCGAUAUAAAUUUAGCCCAAAAUCUUUGUUCAUCCGCUGCCAAGGUGUAAUACACGACCCUCCGUAUGCGGACCGGUAGUUCUCCAAACUUCAUAGUCAUUUUAUGAAAUUAUUUAACUUUUCAGAAUCAAAAGCAUAUGAUAAUAAACGCUGACAACAGAUUCUAUAAACAACAGACGAAUUAUUAUCGAUCGUGCAAUUGUUUUCGAAGAAUAUUUUUAAAUUUUAAAUCAUACAAGAAAAACGAAUGAACUUGGGUAAAAAAAUAAACAGUAAUACAUUUAGAUGAGUAUAUAUUAUGUAUUAGAAGAAAAAGAAUACUCUUCUUUUGUAUUCAUUUGUAAAAUCACUAAUGUUUAUUCUAACAAAAUGUGUACAUAAAGUUCUGUACAAUUUCAGAAACAACAAAAUGACGAUGAGAUGACAAAUUCAUUUUCUAAAUUUAAGACGAAAUAUAAUCAGGCAUGUGUUCUCGAAUUUUUGAUGGAAUAAUAAAUUUCUCUGGAUUUUGUUCCAACAGGCAACCCAAAAGACGCGGUACUGACAAUACUGUGCCAGAUAUUACAGAUGGAAAGUCUCGUCCAGUUGGUGUCUGAUACGCAAUCAGCAACCUCUUGCUGAAAUAAUCUCCGCACGCUGAAAUAUGACCAACUUCUAUGUACUGUUUCGAGAAGGAAGACCAUAAUUCAAAAGAUACGCGCAUCGAUUCCCAUGGUCGCAAUUCUGAAGCAGGUCUCAUAACAAUUUGAUAAUGAUCGCAUAUGUUACCGUACAAUGUAGAAACGGUGUUGAAUAAUUUUUCAAAUUGCGUCUGAUAUUCUUCGCUAUUUUUA